GGAGACUGGAGAGAACAACUGUAUCUUUCUUCUUCUUCUUCACAUAGUUAUUACAUACCUGACGCUAUAUCCAUAAUAACAAUCUGUAAUUAAUACAUAUAUAUAUAUAUAUAUAUAUGAUUUAAACGAUGUCGACGAGCUUCAACAGUGGUCCUCGUAGCCCCGCUACAAGCUCCAGGUUACAAUUAGGCGGCGUUGGUGGUCUUUCUAGGGCUAUCAGAUCUUCAUCUUCCAAAAAACCGCCGGAGCCGCUUCGCCGUGCAAUUGCCGAUUGUCUUUCUUCUGCUCUUCUCUCCGUCCAUGGCAGCUCUUCCGCUGUUGUAUCUGAAGCUUCCAGAACUCUUCGGGACUAUUUAGCAUCUCAUGCAACCACUGAUCUCGCCUAUGGUGUGAUAUUAGAGCACACACUUGCAGAGAGAGAACGAAGUCCCGCGGUGGUUGCAAGGUGUGUGGCUCUUUUAAAGCGUUAUCUCCUAAGAUAUAAACCCAGUGAGGAAACCCUACUAGAAAUUGAUCGGUUUUGUUUAAACAUAAUUAUGGAGUGUGAUAUUAGUCCAAGCAGAAGACUUGCAUCUCAAUCUUUGAGUCCACAAAGUGGUGGUUCAUCAACUACUUUAAAUGGAUCACCUUUGCCUGUCGCAAGCUUUGCUUCAGGAGGACUUGUGAAAUCACUAAACUAUAUUCGUUCUCUAGUGGCUCAACAUGUUCCAAAGAGAUCAUUCCAACCCGCAGCUUUUGCUGCAUCAAGACAGCCACUUCCAUCAUUAUCUUCUCUUAUGAGCAAAUCUUUUAAUUCGCAAAUUAGUCCAGGAGUUGUUAAAGAGGUUUCUGAGAUCAAAGAAGGGUCUGCUAUGUCUGUAUUGGAUUCACCAAUUGCUGAAGAUGUUGUUGGAGUUGAAGGGGAUGACUUUAUAGCCCGGGAUGUCUUCAAAUGGAGAUGGCAUGGGGACCCACAAUCAUCUUUGCUGUCUUCUGAUAGUGAGCGUCCUUUGAGCCAUCAAGACAUGAGUAAGCACAAUUUUCUUGAAGUUGGUGCCGCCGCUCUUCUUUUAGGCGACAUGGAAGCUAGAAUGAAGGGUGAAUUUUGGAGAAAUUUCGGUAGCAUUGACAUGCCUUACCUCGAUCAACUGCUACAGCCUUCAUUACUAACUACUGUAACAAAUUCUGCCUCUGCCCGUGCUCACUUGAGAGCAAUAACAGCUUCUAAACGUUCCAGGACGGGCCCUAAUCAGAUUUGGGAAGAUUCUCCGAUGACCACCUUCCGUCCGCGGCCUCGACCGCUCUUUCAAUAUCGUCACUAUAGUGAACAACAGCCCUUGAAAUUGAAUCCUGUUGAAGUGGGAGAAGUUAUAGCCGCAGUUUGCUCAGAAAAACCUUCUCCAAUUGCUAAUGUGAUGACAAUCUCUUCAAAAUUAAGCAGUAGCAGUGGGAAGCCUUCAAUGGAUGUGGCUGUGAGCGUUUUAAUUAAACUUGUAAUUGACAUGUAUGUAUUGGACUCUGGAAUUGCUGCUCCGCUCAUGUUAUCAAUGCUUGAGGAAAUGCUUAGCUCUUCACAGUUGACCUCAAAAGUACGUGCCUUUGACUUAAUUUUGAACCUCGGGGUUCAUGGCCAUUUAUUGGAGCCACUUAUAGCUGAAGAUGCUUCCGCCCUUGAGGAAGAAUACACUCAAGAGCCAUACCUUGACAAAAAACUGUCAAUCCAGGGUACAAGAAAGCCUGAUUACCUUAAGGCCCAAAGUUUAUCAGCAAUAAAUAACUUUGAGUCAUGGAUAUUGUCAAUUUUAUAUGAAGUUCUUCUCUUUCUUGUUCAGGCAGAGGAAAAGGAAGAAUCUGUUUGGGCUUCUGCCCUCAGCUGUUUAUUGUAUUUUGUUUGUGACAGAGGCAAAAUUCGUAAAAGCAGAUUAAAAGGUCUUGACAUAAGAGUGAUUAAAGUGCUUAUACAAAUUAGCAGGAGAAACUCGUGGGCAGAGUUGGUUCAUUGUAAGUUAAUUAACAUGCUGACGAACAUGUUCUAUGAAGUCCCUGAGUCAUCCAUCACAUCAACACCAACUUUUCUUGUGGAUCAGGUUGAUCUGAUUGGUGGGAUUGAGUUUGUGUUCAUUGAGCUAGUGAUCUCAAACUCUAGAGAAGGCAGGAAAAAUUUGUAUCUGGUGCUUUUUGACUACGUUGUGCAUGAAAUAAAUGAAAGUUGCAUACAUAAUGGACUUUCAGAGUACAGCAAUGAUGAAAUUCAACCAAUAGCGUCAUUGCUCACCCUCGCGGAUGCACCCGAAGCUUUACAUAUUUCUGUCAAACUUGGAAUAGAAGGCAUUGGUGAUAUUUUAAGAAGGUCGAUUUCUGCUGCGUUACCUAGAUACUCCAACAGUGAAAGACUCAAUAUGCUCUUGGAGAAGAUCAUGGAGAAGUUUGAUGCACUUUUAAGAUCAUUGACUCACUUGGACAAAGAAUUUGGUCAUAUGACAGAACUAACAAAAUCCUACAAAUACUUAGAGAGCUUUGAGGAAGGAGUAUUGAGAAACAGUUAUGGUUUGAAGGUGAAGCUUGCUUGGGCCACUUUGCAUUCUCUUCUUCAUUCAGAACGAGCUGCCAUUCGUGAGAAUGGGUAUGUGUGGUUGGGCGAUUUGCUUAUAGCGGAAAUAAACGACGAUGGGGAUUCUAUAUGGUCAAACAUAAAGAAUAUGCAGAAGAGAAUUACUCUUGCUUCGGUUAAAGAUUACUCGUCCGAGUUAGAUAUUCCACUACCCAUUUGGCUCAUGUGUGGGCUUCUGAAGUCCAAAAAUAAUCUUAUAAGAUGGGGUUUUCUUUUUGUUCUUGAGAGGCUUCUCAUGCGCUGCAAGUUUUUGUUGGAUGAGAGCGAGUUGCAACAUUCUGUUAGCAAUGAAGCCCAUGGGAAGACCCGUCUUGACAAGGCAAAUGCCGUGAUAGAUAUUAUGAGCAGCGCAUUAUCGUUGGUGGCCCAGAUAAACGAGACAAAUCGUAUGAAUAUUUUAAAGAUGUGCGACAUUCUGUUUUCUCAAUUGUGCCUGAAAGUUAUUCCUGGAAACAAAUCCUCAUCAGCAGACACAUUCCAAAACUCCAAGAGUUUUAAUUACUCAAUUUGGAAUAAAAAAACAAGCGUCAUGGAAGAUCUCCCAGCAAAAGAGAACUUUAGCCGGGAACCAAUGGAAGAUUGUAAGGGCAGGUUUGUGAGCGACACAAAUAAUUCUACUAGUGAGACGACAUCAAUGGCGGCAUUACUUCUUCAAGGACAAGCCAUUGUUCCGAUGCAAUUGGUUGCACGUGUUCCCUUUGAUUUGUUUUACUGGCCAUUGAUUCAACUAGCGACUGCCGCUACCGAUAACAUCGCUUUAGGUGUUUCUGUUGGUAGUAAAGGAGGUGGGAACCUACCUGGUGCCACAUCAGAUAUCAGAUCCACCCUUCUUUUAUUGCUAAUUGGUAAAUGCACUGCCGAUCCAGAAGCUUUUGAAGAAGUUGGUGGAGAAGACUUUUUCAGGGAGCUAUUAGAUGAUACGGACUCCAGGGUGGCUUAUUUUUCGUCAACCUUCCUUUUGAAGAGGAUGAUGACUGAAGAGGCAGAUAAUUACCAGCGUGGACUAUCAUCUCUUGUAUCAAGAGCUCAGCAGAGCAAUAAUGAGAAGUUAUUGGAGAAUCCUUACCUUCAGAUGCGUGGUCUUCUCCAAUUAUCAAGUGAAGGAUUAUGGAAUUAGCUUGUACUUAUUUUGUCUUUUUAAAAGAGUCCCUUUUAUAUGACUCGCAGCUGAGUGAACCAGUGAAAUUACAAGGUCAAAGGUGGUUAUUAGAGUGAACCAGUGAAAUUACAAGGUCAAAGGUGGUUAUUAGUUCGGUCAACCUACUCACAAACAUUGUAUACCCUGAAACACCCGGACUACAUCACGGGCCGAGUAAUUUCGUUGGUUUUUCUGUACAAAUGUUGGAAGAGAGCCAUUCCGACGUGUCUUUUUUGUUGCUUUGCUGGUAUGAAAGUUUGUAUCCAGUAUGUUGUGGAAAUAAAUAAACGGAGCGCAAGACAACUAGUUUGCAUCUCAACUUGUACACAUUCUUCUCAGAGUAUCAAGUUAGGAAUACUCUUCAGCAGUUGAAGUCAUGCGAUGUUGAGGAUUAGUGUUUAUUUCUGUACAAGACAAGACUUGAGAGUAGACUUUUUAUUUCAGUUUUAGGUCUGCUGUGUUCAAAGAUUUUUUUUAUUGAAGAAUAAUCAUCUGACCAGCUGUUGCGAGAUGCUGCAAUCACAGUAUAUAGACGUUGGAGUUGUGAAUUUAUAUGUGGAAAGUUUGAAGGGGUUUUGUGCGGGUCAUGACAUAGUACAUAUCUUUUAUUUAUAUAACUUUAGAUGUGUAAAUGAUUUUUGUUUGUUGUUUGUUUUGUUUUUCAGUUCGUUCUUUCUAGGGUUCUUUACCCUCCACAUUUUUGUAACAUAGUUGCCAAAAUAUCACUCUUCAAAUGUAUAUACUAUAAUUUUUGUUGAAAUUGGUUUAAAUUACUUAACAUCA